CACACACAUAUAGGGCAACACCAGUGAUCCUAACCAUGUGGGAUGAGCACGCUGCUAUUCAGGGAGUUGAAAUACAAAAAUUAUUGGAAUCCAAGAUAUACCCUGUAAUUCUUGCAAAGCAUGUUGCUGUAACAACAUAUCAAGGAUUGUCUUUGACGACAAGUUAUGACACAUCAAUAGAACUCUGUCCACACGGCCAACACGCAUCUCUUUUAAAGGAUUGGAGAAAUUCCAAUGAAGAUGAGAUUGAAAGGGUAAUUGCGGGAAAAGAAUAUAUGGACUCUCUUGUUGGUCUUGGAAAUCCUCAACAGCAACCAAAAUCAAGUGUCUCUGUUGCUUUACAAUGUCUUAAUCAGGCAACAAUCCUUUGGAUAGAGGGCAAAAUGAAAAUCAUUGGACAUGGGGUCAUACCAUAUUACAUUGGGUGCAAUAGUUGCAACAAAAAAGUCAACUCAAUCGAAUGAGUCAGCUUCGAGUGCCUACAUUGUGGAUUUAAAAACGGAACUACUACUAAAAGCUUUAUUCACUAACGAAGUGUAUAAGUUGCUGAAGUUGAUCAACACCAAUUGUCAUCUUAAUUCUGUGGAAUGUGCUGAGAUUAAUGAGAGAAUCAAGGACCUUACUUUCACUAUUGCUGUCAAGGCAACCAUUAAACAAUACCAUGGAGAAAUGCAAAAAAACAUGAGUGUCCUCUCUCUUUCUUUGCAAGCAAACCAGCCAGUUACAAAUAAUGUUAAUAUUGAUGUGGAGGUUGCAACAACAAAGGCUAAACGAAGUCUGAUUCUUGCGGAGGAAAAUGAAGGUGAAUGCAGUACUCAACAUGAAGAACCAAGUAAACUUCUUGCACCUACUACCAAAAACAAAGGGAAGAGACAAAAGUGAUACUGCUUCGUACCUUAUUAUCUAUUGUGAAUUAUAAGUAUGUAAUAAUAAUUAAGGAGCUAGCUGAACUCCAUAUGAUGCAUAUAUAAUUUAUUAUUUAGGUUGUAUACUGUAUUAAAUGAUGAUCUUACUGUGUGUAAAACAUGUAUGCAUGACGAUACUCAAACUAUGUACAUUUAAAAAAAAAAUAACUA